CCGGCUCAUGUAAGCUGGGUGUUUCCUGCCUCUCUCAGUCCGGAUUUGGAGACUCCGUCGUCCUCCGACUUUUCAUGGAAGAGAUGUCAGGAGAAAGUGUGGUGAGCUCAGCGGUGCCAGCGGCUGCUACCCGCACCACUUCCUUCAAGGGCACAAGUCCCAGCUCCAAGUACGUGAAGCUGAAUGUCGGGGGAGCCCUCUACUACACCACCAUGCAGACCCUGACCAAGCAGGACACCAUGCUGAAAGCCAUGUUCAGUGGGCGCAUGGAGGUGCUCACSGACAGUGAAGGCUGGAUCCUCAUUGACCGGUGUGGGAAGCACUUUGGUACAAUACUCAACUACCUUCGAGACGGGGCCGUCCCCUUGCCUGAGAGCCGCCGGGAGAUCGAGGAGCUGCUAGCAGAAGCCAAGUACUACCUGGUCCAGGGCCUGGUGGAGGAGUGCCAGGCGGCCCUGCAAAACAAAGAAACUUACGAGCCUUUCUGCAAGGUUCCUGUCAUCACUUCAUCCAAGGAAGAACAAAAACUCAUAGCGACGUCAAAUAAGCCCUCCGUGAAGCUGCUCUACAACAGAAGUAACAACAAAUACUCGUACACCAGCAAUUCGGACGACAAUAUGUUGAAAAACAUUGAGCUGUUUGAUAAGCUUUCUCUGCGCUUUAACGGAAGGGUCCUGUUCAUCAAGGAUGUCAUUGGGGACGAAAUCUGCUGCUGGUCUUUUUAUGGUCAGGGCCGMAAGAUUGCUGAAGUGUGCUGCACCUCCAUUGUCUAUGCCACCGAGAAGAAGCAGACCAAGGUUGAGUUCCCUGAAGCUCGGAUUUAUGAGGAGACCCUGAAUAUUUUGCUGUACGAGGCCCAGGAUGGCCGGGGACCUGACAAUGCACUCCUGGAGGCCACCGGUGGGGCUGCUGGCCGCUCUCAUCACCCAGAUGAGGACGAGGACCGGGAGCGGGAGAGGAUCGAGCGUGUGCGGCGGAUCCACAUCAAGCGGCCAGACGACCGGGCCCACCUCCACCAGUGACCAGGCGGCCGAGCCACCCUCCCGCUCCCGCCUCCCUGCCCCGCCACACUCAGACCCCGUCAGGCUUCAGGCCCCUCCACCCCUGGGGCCCGAGGUCCUUCUGUAGCAAGCCACGUGGUUAUUUUGCUGUUUCUUGACCAGGCGCCUGGGCGGCYUGGACCCAGGCGUUCGUGCCCCUUUGAACCAACCGCCAGAGGCUCUGCGUUCCAGGGAGCCAAGUCUGCGAGCCAGGCUCCCGGCCUCAGAAGAAACGUCUGAAYGAGUGGAGUGUUGAGAACUUUGUCGCAGUAUUUAUUGUUGUGGGUGUUGACUACCUAUUAGGGCUCCUUGGGUGACUGACACUCCCUAAAGGUUCACGUGACAGUUCCUCGGUGGUCCCUGCACUGCCUGCUGGUGACCCUCCACCCUGCGCAGCCUGCCUCCUGGCUCCUAGGCACUGAGCAGGCGCUCUGCGGCUCUGYGGAAGUCCCUAGUGUGACAGGGCUGUGUGCGUGGCACUUACUGACAGGUACAGCUUAGAGCAGUGCAGCUGGGACCUAGGGACUCCUUGCUCCCACUGUCCCUAGCCUAGGCCUUCAGGGGACGCCUGUAGCGCCUUGAGCUUCCCUCCUGGCUCCUCCUCUGACUCCUGCCCCUCCCGGUCGCUGCCUUGACCCACUCCAUUCCAAGAAGGUCACCAGGUGCAGCUCACAAGGUGCCGCUUCAAGGGCCCACUCCUUUCGGCCCCUUCCCCGUGGAGCUGAACUUGUCUUCCCUUGUGGUGACAAGUUAAGUGUGGCCCAGCUGUCUUGCCGGCUUGGCAUCRGGCGGGGACCCCUCACACCCGCCCCAAGGGAGCUUGCCUGUCUCGGGUGGCUUCCCUGUGAUGAAYAGCCGUCCCCUGGAGAGCCCCUUGUGUCUUUCUGAUUUCUAUGCAGAAUACAGUGGCCGUGGGUGAACAGGUGAGGAGGGGCAGAUUCCUUUGGGUCCCUUUUGUGUCUGAGUUCACGAUUGUUGAAGGAAUGUGUGUGACUGUGGGUGGGGAUGUGUGCUUGUGGCCCUCGGUGGCCCAGGUUGGAGCCUGGCUGUGGCCGGUGCUUGUGUGGGACGGACUUUCUCAGUCACCUACCUCCCAGCUCUCUGUGCCUGCACAGGGACAGCAGUGAACUGUGACUGACGGAUGGCUGGUUGAGACAGGUAGAGUAGUUACAGGACAGGUGCGUGGCAGGGACGAUGGGUCUGUGUGCUUCCUAAGGGACCGUGUGCUUCCUAAGGGACCGUUGCUGUUGUAAACCAAAGGUGUCAACGUGGGCAGCCUUUGACAGGCGUGUUCCUAAGGCAAUUGACUUUGUGUGUAUCUCACGGGGUUUACACCUCACUUUCCUGUGCCUUUCUUUUGUAUCCAACGGUGACUUUGAAGUAGAACUUUGAAGCAAUCAUGACGAGCCUGAAAGUCACUUCCGGUAGGCGCUUUGUGAACUGUUGUGUGGGGAACUUUUCUAUUAGGCCAUUUGCAUUUUAUUAAGUGCUGGGACAGGGAGCUUACAAAACGUUUCGUAAAUAUUUUAUAUUGUGUGAGUUUUAAAUGCCAGCCUGUCACUGGGGUUAAACUUUUUUAGAAAGUUCAGGUGAAUGUGAGUCCUGAUGUUUUCUAGAGGAAUGGAAAAGCCAUGUGUGAGUUGUUUGGUGAGUGUUUGUGUGAGCGAGAGCUCGAGGUGUGUCUGAUGGGCCCCGUGCCUUGGGCCCUGCCUCCCUUUUCCUCUGACUUGGCACCUAUAGUUUUUCGUUGCCGCUUCCCAGGGAUUUUGACCAGGUCUGUAAAACAUUCCAUGGUGAAUAACAGUGUUGGCUGGUCCAAGUUCUGCUAUCGAAUACUCUCUACAAAGACCUGAUCUUUCUGAUGCCAGUGCCCAGGGCAAAAGUCAGUAUUUCUGAACCAUCAGAGUAAAACAGUGGYCCUGGGACUGGUGAAGAGGAGGGUCUUAUGAUGUUGUAGUAGCUUAGCCUUAAAACAAAUGGGAACAGCUUUUGGUCUGUGAUGAUCAAGUUCAAGUCAUCUGACUGUGGUGGGGGCCUGUGCCUCCGACCGCGCCUGGCACAUCCUUUGCUGCUUCCUGCGGCUCAGCUGGCUGACCUCUGCGGCUGCCCCACCCCUGGUGUCCACCUGGACCUGGACCCUCCAGCUGCUACCCGGCAUCCUCAUGGGACACCGAUCGCCUGUCCCUCUGGAGUGUGCAUUGUCUUUAGGGUUCCACCCAAAGUCUCCAACAAGUUAAGCAUGCCAUUGGCUUUCCCG